AUGUCCUCUGUUCCUCUUGUUCAGAAGGAUAUUUGUCAGUUUUCUGUAGGAUUGCUUCUGGCAAUUUUCCAUGUUACCCCAAAUGCUCAUUUUCAGAACGAUCUGGGUUUGGAUAGUUUGGACACCGUGGAAGUUGUUACCCCAACUGCUCAUUUUCAGAACGAUCUGGGUUUGGAUAGUUUGGACACCGUGGAAGUUGUGAUGGCAUUUGAAGAAGAGUUUGGAUUUGAGAUUCCUGAUAAUGAAGCAGAUAAGAUCAACUCUAUCAAUCUUGCUGUUGACUUCAUUGCAUCUCAUCCUCGGGCAAAAUAG